UCGAGGAUCGAUCCGAGGAGCUUUCUUUCGAUCGCCGAAGUAAAAACUCAUGUGACGGCAGUGACCGGUGGAAGCGGUUGCAUUGGCGCUUCUGUAUGUCCAAAUACGUUCUAGCGUCCUUCGCAAUGGUGCUGUACGUGAAAGAUGGCGAGAGGCGAUUCGACAGUCACCUAUUAGACUUCAUAUCGAAAGGCAAAUAUGAAGAGGCUCUGAUGAUGCUGCAGAACAUUGAUCCGUGUAAUCUGUCCGAUAGUUCCGGGAGGUCGUUGCUGCACUGGACUAUACUCCGCUGUGAAAUCAAUGGCGGAAAUGUGUACAUGAUACAGUAUUUUAUCCACAAGGGUUGUAAUAUCAAUGCUCAGAAUGAAGAUGGAGAUACGCCGCUGCUGUUGGCUGUGAAGGCCAAGCAAACGUCAGCCGUGAAAACUUUGAUCCAACUGAACGCUGACAUCUUUCUGCCGAACAAUUUCGGCUGCACUCCAGUUCAACACGUUCUCAACAAAUAUCCGUUAUCCGAAAAAGAUAUCGCGAAGCUGUUUCUCCGUAAAUUACAAUUGCAUUGUGGCACAGACAAACGAAUGUUCGCCUUCAAAUUGAUGAAUUACCAAUGUCCAAUUUACUUCGCCGUGCUGCCGAGAGACGCGGAGAUAACGCGCACAAUGUUGGACUCUGGCUGCUUGGUCAAUAUUCGCUGUCCCGAAACAUACGACAACGCGAUGCACGUGGCCGUCGCGCAAUCGGACUUGGCGAACGUUAAGCUGUUGUUGGAACGCGGAGCGAAUGUUAACAGCUUGGGUUGCGAACGGAAGACACCUUUGCAACAUUACGAUGUUUCCGCCAACGAUACGGAGGAGAAGAUUGCAAUGCUGAAGGUCUUGAUGACAUGGGGAGCAUCGUUAAGAAUUACCGAAGGCUCCGUAACACUCUUGGAAAAAUUCAUGCGCAGAGGAAAGAAAGGGACUGUACGCGCGUUGCUUCAAUCUCCAGGCAUUGAUUGGCGGGCGAGAAAUGCUUUGCGUCAAACCGCCAUUCAUUUUAUUGCGUGCUGCAAUAAAAAUCCAGACGUAGAAGAGCUCAUUCCAUUGUUUCGUGGCAAAAAUUUUGAUAUUAAUGCACUUGAUUGCAAUGGCAAUACGGCAUUGAUGCUAUCUGCAAUGGAAGGACACGUGAAACAGGUCGAAUACCUGUUGAAAUUAGGCGCAAAUCCAAAUAUUUUGGAUCAACAUGAUCAUACUCCACUUUAUUACAUCUGCAAGCAGUUGAACAAUGCCCAGCGGAAACCAGUCGAAAAUUACCGGCGAAUAGCCGAACUCCUGUUAGUGUAUGAUGCUGAUUUUCAAAACACCAGGUAUAGAAAUUUUCUAAGUAUAUACAGCGAGGGCUCUAACGACCCCUAUAUCACGGAGAGCCUUAUUGCUAAGUUAGCAGAAAUGGAGCUUGUAGAUGCAACUGUGCACAGUCAGUUCACCCGCCAUGACAUGGAAGAGGUGCAAAGAUAUCGCGAGUAUUUUUAUUUCUGCCAACAGAGUCUUGAGCAUAUGAAAUUAGUGCAAGUCGACGGUUUUUUUACGUUAUUUGACCUGUACACGGGAAAUAACAAAAAACAAAUUAUACGAUACGCGCGAAAACGUGUAUUUGCGACAGCGUCUCAGCCGAUGAUCAUCGAUAAUUUCAAUUCGUUUCCGCAUUAUUAUUCCAGUAUUAUAUUGUGGCGAAUGGCUGCAGCUGAAAAAGUAGCUAAUUUGGAGCUACAAUCUAUGGAUUUUAUUUCCAUGAGUAUGAAACUAUAUCAAAGUCGCGUCAUUGCUUGCAAAAUUCUUAAAUAUUUAGACGAAUACGAUAUGAUAAAUCUGCUGGGAUUGGUGUAAAUAAGGAUAGCUUGGCUUUUUUAAUCAAACGUUUUAUUUCAAUAUUUCAACUUACUACAUGAAAACAAUUUUACUACGUAACUUUUAAGAAUAUAAUUUUAAUAGAUUUGACUCUAUGAUCAAUAUCCACAUUAAUUCUGCUAAGAAAUA